AGGGAUAGGGUGGAGCGAAUUAGGCAUAAUGAUGAUGAUUUGAUUGGUAGAAAUGACGGGCAUAGUGAUAGGAAGAGGAAUAGAUUAGAUGUCUUUGAGUUUGAUGAGUACGAUGGGGUUGAUGGGGAAAUGAUGAGGAGGCGGAAGCAUUUGGAAAAUAGCAGAGUAGAUAUCGGGGGCAGAAGGUUUUUGGGGCCGAUGGCUAUGGGAAGAAGUGGGAUUGAGAGUCAGUUCAAUACUAGUUCGAGUAGAAAUGUUGUUGAUAAGAGAAAGAAUUUGUUUCUUGAGAGGACAAGUAGCUUUAAUCAGGGUGGCAUGAAUAGGUUUGGGAUGGAUAGGGAUGCAGGUCGGAUGCCUAUAUCAUUGUUGAGAGAGAAGUAUUUGGGAGAUUCAGAUGAACCCAUUAGGCUUCAGGGGAAAAAUGGGGUUCUAAAGGUGAUGGUGAACAAGAAGAAAAAGAUGGGUGAGCCUGUGAAAAAGUAUGAUCACUUGGAUACUGAGGAAAACCUAAACAGUUUUAGAGACAGUAAUAGGAACGUGCCUAUACGUCCUCCAUCUUACUUAGAAACAGAAGUUCUUGAGAAACCUUCAUCAUUUGUUAGGACCGAGAAAAAUCACAUUAAUUUGCAAAAAUCUCUGUCAGCUAAGAAGAGUAAGGACGCUGACUCUGAUUCAGAUGACAGUGAUACUGCAUUGAAACUUGGACCAAAGAGAACAGAAGCUCGUAAAUCCCUGAAAGAGGUUAGCUCUGAAAGUGAAAAAACUCCUGCUGGAAAGCUCACAUUAACUGGUACCAAAGAAGGAAAAGUUAGGCGUGGUAGUGGCACGGAAAAACAAAAACUACGCGAAAAGAUAAGGGGGAUGCUUGUGGAGGCAGGUUGGACAAUAGAUUACAGGCCUAGGAGGAAUAGAGACUACCUUGAUGCAGUGUACAUUAACCCCUCUGGAACAGCUUACUGGUCCAUCAUCAAGGCAUAUGAUGCACUUUUGAAGCAAUUAAAUGAUGAAGAAGAAGAGGUCAAACCUCCAUUGUCUGAUGAAGUCCUUAGCCAAUUAACUCGAAAAACACGAAAGAAGAUUGAGAAAGAAUUGAAAAAGAAGCAAAGAGAUGGCAGUCAGAGUGUGAACACUAGGGAAGCUGCUGCCAAGAAAUCUUCAAGUGCCAGGCACGAUGAGGAGAGCAUGGGCAGCAUUAGCCAUGAGGAGAAACUAAGUUCAUUUUUAAAGCAGGGUGGAAAAUCAUCAAAGAGCAGAAUGAAUGAGAAUGGUGUUGCCAGCCAGAACUCAAAAGGUCAGAGUUCUACUCAUCAUUUGCAUGAUGGUGAUGAAAAACCUUCUUCUGCAUCCAAUUCUCAUUUAUUGCAUGGAAGGAAGAGUAGAAAACUUGGCAGAUGUACUUUGUUGGUUCGUAGUUCCAAUGGUGGACCAAAUUCAGAGACUGAUGGAUUUGUUCCAUAUGCUGGAAAGCGCACGCUGCUUUCUUGGCUGAUUGACUCGGGGACUGUGCAAUUGAGCCAAAAGGUGCAGUAUAUGAAUCGUCGUCGAACAAAAGUGAUGCUGGAGGGCUGGAUUACGAGAGAUGGCAUUCAUUGUGGUUGUUGCAGUAAAAUACUCACAGUUUCAAAGUUUGAGAUUCAUGCGGGAAGCAAAUUGCGGCAACCAUUUCAAAACAUCUAUUUGGACUCUGGGGAUUCCCUUCUGCAAUGCCAAAUUGAUGCAUGGAAUAGACAAGAGGAUUCUGAGCGCAUUGGUUUUGACUCUGUGGACAUUGACGGGGAUGAUCCAAAUGAUGAUACUUGUGGCAUAUGUGGAGAUGGUGGGGAUUUGAUCUGCUGUGAUGGUUGUCCUUCCACAUUUCAUCAGAACUGCCUAGAUAUACAGAUGCUUCCAGCUGGUGAUUGGCACUGUCCGAAUUGUACGUGCAAAUUUUGUGGUUCAGCUGGUGAGGAUAUUGAUGAAGGAAGUGAUGUAACAACUUGUUCACUACUUACCUGCAGCAUGUGUGAGAAAAAAUAUCACAAAUUGUGCAUGCAUGACAUGGAUGCUGUUCCAGUUUAUUCAAAUUGUUCAGUUACUUUUUUUUGUGGGCAGACAUGCAGAGAGCUGUUUGAGCAUUUGCAGAAAUAUCUGGGGGUCAAACAAGAGUUAGAAUCGGGAUUUUCAUGGUCCCUUAUUCAUCGAACGGGUGAAGAUUCAGACACAAUGCUUCGAGGACUUCCUCAAAGGGUGGAAAGCAAUUCUAAGCUGGCUGUUGCACUGACUGUUAUGGAUGAAUGCUUUUUGCCCAUUGUUGACCGGAGGAGUGGAGUCAAUUUAAUUCAUAAUGUUCUUUAUAAUUCGGGAUCAAACUUCAAUAGGCUGAAUUUUAGUGGAUUCUACACUGCUAUUCUGGAGAGGGGGGAUGAAAUAAUUUCAGCAGCAUCUAUCAGAUUCCAUGGGACUCAAUUAGCAGAGAUGCCCUUCAUUGGAACUCGCCAUAUAUAUAGGCGCCAGGGAAUGUGCCGUCGACUUUUUUGUGCCCUUGAAUCAGCUCUCUGCUCUCUCAAGGUUGAAAAACUGGUUAUCCCUGCAAUUGCGGAACUUAUGCAUACUUGGACAGGGAUUUUUGGUUUCACCCCUCUAGAGGAAUCACUUAAGCAAGAAACGAGGUCUUUGAAUAUGUUGGUAUUCCCUGGUAUAGAUAUGUUACAGAAACUGCUACUGGAGGAGGAAAGUGUCACGGAGAACAUGAAAGCUAGAACAGGUUCACAGAAAACAGAGUCAGAGGCCAAGGCUGGUGUUACACCUGAGGUGGCAAAUGAGUCGAAUAUUGAUUCCUUGGCUGAGCUUGAUCCUGAUAAGUGUGCUGAUAGUGGUUUGAUUCAUGCUAAUCUGAUAAAUGGUGAGGUUGCUGCCACAGAUUCUGACUCCAAGUGUCCAGAUGUUUCCUUAAAUGGUACAUCUGUGCUGAGUGGUUCUUCGGAGGGACCAACUAAUGUCUUGGUUGAGGGGACACCCUGCCCUGAUUCUCAAUCAGGGGACAAGUUGGCUGAAUCUGCUUCAGAUGGGAAGUGUCUUUCUAACUCCGAUACAAGCAAUGAUGAAUUUGAGAUGAGAAAUAAAGAGGUUGAUAUGGAUGUUGUUCAUGCCGUAGAUGUUACUGUUUCUGCUUCUCAUGAAGUUGAAAUUCCUGUCUCUGCUGUGGAAACUGUAAGUCCUAAUUCUCAAUUAGGGGACAAGUCGGCAGAGUCUGCUUCUGCCAAGAAUUGUCUUUCCACUGCUGGCAUUAGUCAUUAUGCACUGGAGAAGGGUAAUAAACCAGAGUUAAAUUCUGCUGUUGAAGAUAAUGCAGAGUUUUCUACAGACUCUGAUGUGGAUGAUGCCCAUGCAGUGGCUGCCAAUUCUGCCACUUCUCAUGAAGUCGAAGUCUCGGUGGAGGAAACAUUACACCCUGGUUCUGAUUUAGGGAGCAAGUCAGCUGGAUUUGCUUCUGAGAGGAAAACUCGUCCUGCACCGGGCAUAAGUGCAGAUGCAAUGGAUAUGGAAAAUAAUCAAUUAUCUGAUUCUCCUCUUCAAGAUAACUUGCCGUCCUGCAAAGAGGGUGAUACGAAUGAUGCCUGCUCAAUAGAUGUUAACCAGAAUUCAUCACAUUCUCCUUCUGAAGAUAAUAUUCAAUCACAGAAAGAGGGUAAUCCAGAUAAUUUAGAUGAUAAAGUUGCACAUCCUGAUUCUGCCCCAUGUCCAGGGGACAUUACUGCAGAGAAUACAACUGAAGCGAGCAUUGAAAUUUCAGUUGAUGCACGUUCUUCCAUGCAAAUUACCACUGAUUCAAAUGAUCACGUUACAUGUGAGAAGGUACAUAAACUUGUGUCUUCAGAAGAUGCUUGUGAAGCAACAGUUUGUGAAGAAAGUAGUGUACAUCCAUGCAGCAAUGGCGUCCAAAAUGCUUGUGCUUGAAAUGGAAACUGAAUUUAACUCUGUUUGAUCUGGCUGCUACAUGGGUGGUGGUCUUGUGUGCUCUACUUGAUCACAUUUUUUUCCUCCAUAAAUGUUAAGGCUCUGAUGCUAUUAUUCAUAAAGCCUAAUGAAUGACACCCAUGGAAAAGGGUAUUAUAAUUCAUUGAGGCCCUAAGCACCAAGUCUAAAGAGUCUCGAAAGCGUCCCGCCUUCAUGCGAAGUAGUUUCAGUGAAGUUGGUGCAAUUGCAAAGCACAAUUUUCCCCCAGAGGCUGGUAGGCGGGACUUCUUGAAAGUGUAUAUAGCUGAACCAAUAUGAGUCUAGGGAGUUGAUAGUGUGUCCACCAUCUUCUAAUUUAUUUAAUUUUUAUGUAGCAAUUCGUUCACUAUCUAUGUCAGUUCAUCACAUGACAAAUAUGAGGAGAACUUCUCUUGUAACUAGUUUUCAACACUUUGCCAUGCUCGUGAGCACAUUUUGGGAAUUGGAACUCUUUCAUUGUAUCAAA